AGAAUCACAAAUAAAAAUGUGCAAAAAGUGAAUUUUCCAUAAACAGGUCCUCUUUAAAGUCCAUGCAUGUAGAUUUUAAUUGGGUGACUUCUAAUGGCGGCUGAUUGGAACAGAUUUUAUUCAGUAGUAUCUUAAUAAAAUCCAUUUUACAUCAAGUUAUAGCAAAGUGAACAGCAAAACUCACACAUUUAUGUCUGCAUUUUGACAAAAAAAACACUAUCAAAAUCUUUGAGUUUCGGGGUUCAAAUUCAGCAGUCAGCUGCUUCCAUGUGCACUGCGGGAUAUAACGUAUCUGAAAUGUCGUUAGUGAAUUUAUUUUUGGGACAUUGCAAGCUGUCCUGGCGUGGAUCUUGGUAUAGUUAGGGUGUCUGUUUCACUGUUCCUGCUGGUCAGCUUCUUGGACUGAAACAUUCUGGGCUGAGCCCAAUAAAUUAACUCGUAAAAAAUGAAUAAAACUCCACCAAGUUAAGGUCGAUUAGAUCACUCAUCCGAUACGUGAGGAGUUAUGCAAAGGAAACGCGUUUUAUCCAAGAAAUUAAACGCGCUGACGGAGUUUUUAGGAUGUCCGGAGAGCUCCCUCUCCCCCCUCUUUUCCCGGCCUGAAUGGAACAUCCUGAAAAUGGUUUGAGCUUUUCUGACUGAAGGAGUUUGAACUGACAACAUCGCGGGGGGUAAGUUCACUCUUUCCCCGCUGUAGUGGCCGUGGGAAGACAGGGAGCCGAGCUGACACGGUCCAACACUCUUUCUUAUGCCUUUCUAAAGUUUUUCCACCAUUGCUUCCUCACCCGGAGGAAAUGAUUGUUUUGGAGAGACGCGCCUGAAGUUUUGGGAUUUUUUUUUGUUUUUUUUAUGGGAAUGCUUCCCCAGUCUGCUGUUAAAGGGCCGAGAAGGACACUCGAGAUACAUCUGAAGACAUGCUGUAUCGGACUCUUUGUGACUGGAGAUUACCGCUCCUGAUUGUUCUGCUCGGGGACGGCGUCUGCGCUUUGGAAGUGAAACCUACAAGAUGGCCCCUGUUCUCCCAGAAGCCCCUUCUCCUCGCCUGGAAUGUCCCGACUCAGGAAUGUGGCCCCUGGCACGGCAUUUCUUUCCAGCUGGACCAGUUCCAGAUUGUGGCCACACCAAAUGAGGGCUUCGUCAGGCAGAACUUGACCAUGUUCUACAAGGACCGUUUGGGCUUGUACCCCUACUUUGAGGAGGAUGAGACGCCGGUGCGCGGCGGGCUGCCGCAGAUCGCCAGUCUCUCGCAGCACCUCAGCGAAAUGCAGAAAGGUGUUGAUAAGUACAUACCAAACCGGGACGCUGUAGGUUUAGCGGUUAUUGACUGGGAAGAGUGGCGGCCUCUUUGGAUACGAAACUGGGGACCAAAAGACAUCUACCGCAAACAUUCCCGUGAACUGGUGCGCCAGAAGAACCCAACUUGGGCCGAGAGACAGGUGGGGAAAGUAGCCCAGCUGGAGUUUGAGAUGUCUGCCAAGAAGUUCAUGCUGGACACGAUACGCCACGCCAAACACCUGCGGCCCAACAAUCUGUGGGGGUUCUACCUGUUCCCAGACUGCUACAACCACGACUACCAGCGCUCCCUGGAGGGCUACGCGGGCCGCUGCCCCGACGUGGAGGUGGCCCGCAACGAGCAGCUGAAGUGGCUGUGGACAGAGAGCACGGCUCUCUUCCCCUCCGUCUACAUGGGCAAAGUGCUGCGCUCCUCUUCCUCAGGACGGCAGUUUGUGCGGAACCGUGUGAAGGAAGGGAUGCGUUUGGCUUCAUCCGGCGACGAGGUGGCACGUCCUGUCUUUGUGUACACCCAGCCCACCUACGCCAACUCCCUGGAACAGCUGACAGAGUUUGACCUGGUGUCCACCAUCGGGGAGAGUGUCGCUCUGGGAGCUGCAGGAAUCAUCCUGUGGGGAGAUGCAACACAUGGGAAAAACAAAACCACCUGCUCUGACCUGAACUCGUAUCUUCAAGACACACUGAGCCGAUACCUCCUCAACGUCUCCACAGCAGCAGAGCUCUGCAGCCAGACCCUGUGCGGUUUCCACGGCCGCUGCCUUCGCAAACAUCCGGACAGUGAUGUUUACCUUCACCUCAACCCCCUCACACACCGCAUCGAGAGGCGAAACGGCAAACUGACAGUCGCCAGCGAGCUGGGAGACCCAGACAAGAUGCUUUUUGACACGGACUUUCAGUGCCAGUGCUACAGCGGCUUUCAGGGGAAAGGCUGUGAUCACAAAGACCCGCUGCACCAAAGAGGGGCGGCGACUCAAACCAGAACAUCAGCGCUCCAGUGUGUCAUCUUCCUGAUAACCGUUGUGCUCCUCCUGUGUUAAUGUCCAGUACAUACGGUGCUGCUUGAAAGUUUGUGAACCACCCCAAUGUGGUCAUUGUUUUCUAAAGAAAAAUUACAAUAAUCAUGUGAAACGAACAUCCAAAUCUCAAAUUGUAAGGCAGACCUUCCAAAUAACGGACACAAAGAAAAAAAUAUACAUUUUCAUUAUUUAUUCAACAAAUGUAUUUUAUCCGUCAAAAACAGAAAAUCUGCCAAGUGCAAAAGUAUGUGAACUUUUUCAGUUAGCGUCUUGUGGCACCUCCUUUUGCAGCCAUUACUUCUUCUGUACCACAAACGAGUGUCUCACAUCUGCUUUUUGGGAUUUUUGUCCACUCCUCCUUGCAGAACUCUGUCAGAUGAGAGAUGUUGGAGGGACAUCUGGCAUGUACUGCCCGUUUCAGAUCUUGCCACAGCAUUUUUAUGGGAUUGAGCCAAUCCAGAGUGCGAAUUUUCUUUCUCUUAAGCCGUUCUUUGGUACUUUUGUCUUGUUGCAUAAUCCAUUUCUGUUCCAGCUACAACUCCCUGACUGAUGGCAGGAGAUUCUGGUCAAGAAUUUGUUGAUAGUCCUGGUUGAUAGUCAAGGAUGUCUCAUUUGAUUAGUCUGCUUAAUUGAUUAUUCGAGCACUCAUGUGUUUCACCUGAGUCUUUUACCUAGUUGACUUUACCAGUGCAGCUGUGGUUCAUUUACUUUUGCAGAUACUCUGAUUCCAUGUUUCAUUUAGUCUGCUUGCAAUUUACACAUUUCCCUCAAGAGAAGCAAAUGGAAUCGAUGAACAUAAACCUGACAUUUCAUAUACAAAAACUGGUAAUGAGAAAAUAAGAAAAUCAUGGUAAAAAUAAAAAUCUAAACUACUCAACUAGUUCACAGACUUUCAAGCAGCACUGUAUCUGCAAAUACACUGCCUGGCAGAAGUAUUUAUUUCCAUUGAUUUUCACAUUUUUAUUGUCCCAGAAACUUGAGUGUGUUUUGUUAAUAUUUUAUAUGAUAGACCAACACAAAAUGGUGCAUAAGAUCUGAGAAGGUUCACAGUUGGCUUUCUGUUUGUGCACUGCAAAAACACAAAAUCUUAUCAAAUAAUUUUGGUCUAGUUCAGUGGUGUCCAACCUUUUUACUAUCAGGGCAAAAAUCUGUAAAUUCAAAAUCACAUGGGGUACAAAAAUGUUAUAUUUUUUGUACCAUUUUUAAAAUCCAACUUUUACUUAGUCUAUACUUUGCACCCAAUAUUUUGUAAGAGGAUGUUAUUUGUUUGGGGAAAAUGUACUGCCCUGAAAGAUAAAUCAAUCAAUCAAAUUUGAUUUGUAUAGCACAUUUCAGCAACAAGGCAUUGUUCGUGAUGAAAAAGUGUUUGUCUGGAUCAACCAACUAUGAAUGCAGGACAGAUUUGCUAAAUUCUACAAUUGAGUUUUGUGGUGGGGCCACAAAAACCCUUCAGAGGGCCGCAAAUGGCCCCCGGGCCGCAUUGUGGACUCUUCUGGUCUGGGUUUUGGUGCAUAUGUCUUGAAAUAUAACAAAACUAACGCUCAUGUAACAAGCAAGAUAUAAGAGCUUAUUUUAAAUCAAUAAUUCAUUGAUAUUGAUGAAAAAGUUUUAAGUAAAAAAUAUUUUAAUAUUGACAGAGUAGUACUAGUCCCACUGGCGGACAUUUUUUCCAUUUUAUUAGAGAAAUUAUUUGCCGCUGGUGAUACAACUUUAUCAUCAACAUCAAGGACUUUUUGACUUAAAACAAGCUCCUAUGUCAUGCUGAAAAGAUACUUGCACGUUAGUUUUGUCUUAUUUUAAGCGUACUAAGAAACUACGCCAAAAAAAAAAAAAAAACGGUAAGAUUUUGUGUUUUUGCAGUGCAUUAAUCUUUUAGGAAGGGGAACUCAAGUCUCAGUCCUUUUGCAGCAUCUAACAGGGUUUCUUUCACCAUUUUUCUAAUUUAUCUGUCUCUUCCUCUUCUGCCACAAAAGCCAGAUUUAUGAUGUGCUUGAGAAGUGAAUUAAAAAGUAAUGUAACACUUUGUGUUGGUCUGUACCGUAAAUCCCUGAUAAAUGCUUUAAAGUUUGCGGUUGUGACAAAAUGUGAAACAGAAGAUAUCAAGACUUUUGCAAAGCGCAGCACACAAAGCACAAAGAGGGAUUAGUAAGCAAUUUUCUGCUGCAAAACUUUCAUGACAGAAAGUCAAACUGCAUUAUAAACAAAUGGGAUGGAGAAGUGAUGUUUGUUUAUAAAUUAUAAGCGUUUUUUAAACAGCAGAGGGCUCGCUGGAAAUGACACUGUUUACAUUUUGCUCUCCGUUUCCCCCUGGGUCAGUUUCCCAAGGUGUCAGAUUCUUCGUCUCUGUGCAGGAUCUGAUGCUUCGGUUGUAAAUGUGUUGAAUAAAGUGAAGGAAUAUGUUUGUUGCUGGGUGGUCAGAGUGGGAAUAAAGCACUUAAAUCAGCUUGGAGCAGUACAUACACACCAGAAGUGCCAGAUUAAAAUAAAA